AUGCGAGAGGAACACGCCCAGAAAGGUCUCUCCCCUCCCGAUGAAGAGGCGGUCCGUCAUCGAGUCCUAGGGCCGGGUGUACCUGCACACGACCUCGCAACUGUCAAAGAUUUUCGUCGCUUCUACGCCGCUUCAAGUACGGCGCUCCUCAAUGAGGAAGAUCAACUGACUGCCGAGUCCCUCAACGCGGCAGCGGAAAGGUUCCUCGCCGGCUUCCCUCGUGUUACCGGAACGAGAUGGACAACUACGAUCGAAGUUCGUCGGACAUUGACCGAGGAGACCAUUAUGGUGAAUAAGCACCCUGCGAAACAUCUAUUCAGCGACCGUGAUCUCGGUCAUUCUUUCAACACACUUUGGACCAAAGAUGACCUGAUCUUUAUCCCGGAGCGGUACCGCAUCCAGACCACCUUGACUUACACGGGCGCCCGGCUUGGCACAUUCUUCUCUCCAGUACAGGGUACGACCGGCAUUACGGUUGUCAUACAGCGUGUGACUGGCCGAAGGUGGAGGCUCAUCUACAGACUCGACCAGCGGUGGGUGAAAAACAAUCGCGAUCCUGAGAAUAUCGUCUUUAGUGCCGCGGUAAAGGACCAUUCACGGCUUUUCUACAACAACGCCGGUUUUCUCCUCGAUUUGGCCAUCGCCGAUGGCGCUCACUUUAGAUACGAGACUCUCGAGGACGUACGAUCGCAGGAAAUCCCCGCGGGUCAGGAUGAGCUUGUCCUUCAAUUCAUGGACACGGCUUUACAGCGGCCUAUUCUUCGCAAAUACACGAAAACCAGCAGCGUUAUCGACGAGCCAUGCCCCAAAGUGCUUUCGAGAGAAUCUUCAAGACUACGCAGAUUAAUGCUGGCUACCUGCCUGGCUUGA